AUGCGUUCGCAGCACCUCUCGGGGCUCUUCCUCACUUGGGCAAUAUACCUGUACUUUCGGUUUGUCCUCGAGACAUCCAAUCAGUUCGAACACAACCAAAGCCGGAGGACGGCCGUCAAAAAGGAGAAGGGUCACAUUUUUGUGGCAUUAAUUGAGCCGCAAUGGGCCUCGCGGAAAGCUGUAAAUAUAUUUUGCCUUUCUAGACCAGUACUUUCUGUGUCUCAAAAUUUUAAGUGAUCUAUUUCAGGUAAACACAUCGCUUUUCACCUGGCUAAAAGGGAUCGACCACGAAAUUUUCACCCAUAAAAACCUCGACUGGACCGAGCACAACAAAGUCGAGAUCCCAAAUAAUAUGCGAAAAGGUGUCUCUGAGGCACGGUGAGUCCAUUUUCAAUUUACUUUAUCCAUCUAAGCAUCUUUUAUAUCAGUUAUAUUACUUUAGAUGGCUCUCUUCCUACCUAUCCGUAAUGCACAACACCUAUAACUGGUAUAUCUUGACUCGGACUUCUAGCUUCAUUCUAAUGGAGAAUUUAGCGAGCCAUCUAGAGAAAAUGCCAAUGGAUUCGGCGGCAUUCGCUGUGGUCGAAAAUGUAAGACAUAAAUUAUAAAAUUAUAUUGUACUUGAUAGCUAAUCUAGAGGUAGAACACCUCAACAAUUCCCUUCCUAUUCCCUUCAAAUUUUGCAUAAGAAUUCAAUAGAAACCAUUUGUUAAGCGAAAGUCUCAAAAAAUAAAGCCAAAGGGCCGAAGUAAUAUUUCUGUCUGACCGACUCUCCUUAUUUUGCAUGCUCUCUCGCCAAAAAAAAGAUUAAUUAAAAUCUCCACAACCCUUGCAAAUCGCAAGCUGAAAUUUCUGGAGAUUGUUAUACGAUCUAUUAAGAGUAUGUCCUCAAAAUUUGACUAAAAUCGAACAGGCAGACUUCGAGUAAUACCACUUUAGACCUAAUAAAGAUUAAUCAAAUUUCAGCCGAUAAACUCGACCUUUCACAUGAUGAUCGCCAACAAAAUAGGGCUCACAAUGCUGGCCAAAUCUCGAAUUUUCCAAAACUGUUGGGAUCGACAGAUUCGAAGGUGUUUGGACAAGGUUGGAAAAGGUGUCAUGUACAAUAUAGAUCGAGACGAAAGCGGGAACAAGAGCUUUUUUAUAGAGACUAAUACUACUAGCAACUUCGAGGUAUGUUCAGAGGAAAAAAUUGAUACAAUAAAUUUUCCAAAAAUUGGGGAUUUACAUAUAUUUUAGACUACUGAAAGAUGUAAUACAAAAAUCGGAUUUUUUUUUUGGUUCACCCUAAUAUUUCUAGACGUUCAAACACGUCAGCAAGAAAGCCCACAGCUUCCACAAUCUCCAGGAGCAUGAACUACGAUGGUUCCAGGUCAUGAUCUAUGGAUUGCAGUAG